ACGUACCACCAUUUGAGAUCAGACUCGGCCUCAGCCAUGACUUCGAAACAAGUGCCUCACUUCCAGGCUGAGAAUCCAAUGAAGUCUGCUCAGCUAUUCAUGACGAAGGGAACCGGAGCGAUGAGUUACGCUGAGAACUCAAACUGGCAUGCAAUGUGUAUGGAGAAGAUAUGGCCGACAGUGUUGGAAUUGGUUGAUUCGAUGAAGCUGCCGGAUGACGACAUGUCUAUCAUCACAAUUGCGGAUUUGGGCUGCGCCCCCGGCCGUAAUACGAUCAACAAUGUGGAGACAGUCCUGAAGAGGGUGAAGGAACGAUAUCGGAAUGGACACAUUCCAGAGUUUCAAGCCUUUUUCCAAGAUUUGUACGACACCGACUUCAACACACUGUUUCAGCUGUUCAAGAACUCGGUAGCGACAAUCGCAGAAAACGUACCAGAGACCUUGAAGUACUUUCCAGCUGGGGUUCCUGGAUCAUUUUACGGAAGGGUCUUUCCUCGCUCCAGUGUACACUUUGUUAUGUCAACGUUUGCUUUGCAUUGGAUUUCCAAGGUCCCUUCGUCAGUUCUUGACAAAACCUCCGAAGAUUACAAUGGUGGAAAAAUAGAACAUGAGCGUGCAAGCCGCGCCACCAUAGACGCUUACGCUCGGCAAGGCGAUGUAGAUCUACGGAACUUUCUGGAUGCUCGGGUGGAAGAAAUGGCAACCGGUGGUUUGAUGCUUCUGGUGUUCGGUGUACGUAAGGUCUACUAUCCGUAUUGCAACACGAUGGUCAACGAAGUCAAGGAGAGAAUCUGGGACGAACUUGUCUCUGAGGGAAAAGUGGACUCUGGGUUGCGAGGCAGUUUCAACAACUUCAUGCACUUCCACUAUCUCAAAGACGUAGAACAAAUCCUAAACAGCUACAGUGAGAAGCUCAUUGUCGAGAAGGAGUACGUGUUUCCCUUCUUUCUGUACCCGCAAAAUAUGACAGCUCGGGAAAAAGCAGCAAGGCAUGCUUCCUUAAAUCGCGGCCUUUACACGAGUAUGCUGGAGGAUCAUUUUGGGGAGGACAUAACGAAUUUGUACAUCGCAAGGUACGAGCAAGCCCUCCUGGAGGGGUUCGAAAGUGGAACUCUUACGGAGGAUGAAACGAACACGUAUCAGUUCGUUGCCAUAGUUGCCAGGAAAUUAUAACAUAUAGACCCCGAAGUGUUACAGUCAGAGUAAAAGGUUAACACCGAAUCAAAGUACUAGGAGUAUAUAAAAGCUAAAUCCGGCAUAGUUAGAUCAUCUUGCAUACGAUUGUCUCAUCUGUAACUGUUAGUGAAGUAUCAAUUGUACACUUUCAAACAAUGAAAAGUACAAUAAAAUUGUGAAUAGGCAAAAUAUUGA